AUGGAGGCCGUUCACGGAUUUACCCCACCUCACAACCCAAAGUGUUCAUGCAAAACCUGCUUUUCAAAUAGAUUGGAUCUAGAAUAUCAAAAUAAGCGACUGCAAGCAUACGAACAAACAACAUCUAUCGAGUAUAUUCGUGCGACAUUUGAGCGUCCGUUCAGAGCUGCCGUCGAUCAUUGUGCUGACCUCAAAAAAGCCUCAGAGUCUACAAAUGUUCACAGGAAACGUUAUGCCGAUUUGUACAAGGGCAUGUGCUCUAUACUUCAAAAAAUGAUGAAAAGCCAGGAAGUCAAUAUAAACAAUUUUUUGGAUGUACAAGAAACAAUCAACCAUGAGCCUCACAUUUUACGGAAACUUCUUGAGCAAGAAAAUAUGGAAGUGAUUACACAUUUCAAGAUGCAACACUGGCUGAGCCAAAGAUGGGAAGCUAGUUUUGCGGAUUAUUUUUCUCUAGUUCGUUGGCUCAUUCUUUGCCUAGCCUGGUUCUUCCCUCCAAUGUUUUCGGUGUUUGGCGCUUUUGAAUUAGAUUUCGCAAAAGCUCUUAGAGUGAGAUGGAACUCUCAUUUGUCUUCUCAUUUCUGUUUCUUCAUACUUCUAUUGCUGAGACUAUUUUGGGACGAGAGAGGAACUUCAUUGCGUGCAGCGAGAUUUAACGAUACCUUUGUGGUGGAGCUGACAUUGGGAUUGUUUGUGAUGUCACAUUUAAUCAUUUUAAUGGUUCGACUCUCACAUCGUGGCAUCAAAUCAUUUAUGAAAGACUGGUGGAAUUGGGUCGAAAUGUGCAUAGUAAUAAACGGAAUCAACUUCUUUGUGGCAAGUUCGAAUAUUGCAUUGCAGAAUCAAAACGCUCUGCCAAUGAAUGUGAAUCGACGACAUAUUCCAUCGACUGAUCAUGUCUACAUGUGUGAAUUCAGCCUCAGUUUGAUGAUUCUGCUCAUGGUUGUACGAUUCGCGUACUUUGUCCAAAUGACCUACCGAUUUGGAAGACUGAUUGUAGCUGUUUCGCAAUGCGCAAAAGAAUAUUUGAGAUCAUUGUUGGUGUUGUUCAUCUUUUUCAUGGGAUAUGCUUUUGCAAUCUAUGGAGUGUUGCACCCAUUCGCGACGAAACCCGAGGACCGCCGACACGAUUUAACGAAGAACAAUGGUUUUCAAGUCUAUACCGAUGACUUUCUUGACACAGCGGCGAAUUUAUAUUGGAAUCUUUUAUCUCUUGUUGAUGAGGGAUAUGGUCAAAUACAUGCUGGGUUUACAGGACCGAAUCAAACACCAGUGCAACCAUUCCUAUCAAUACUCUUCUCAAAGUUUCUGAUGGUCUCAUUCUAUGUGUUUAUCGUCGUUGCUCUUUUGAAUGUUAUCCUCACACUAAUGAUUAUGCAAGCCGAAUCUUACAAGACAAUGGGCGAUGAAAAUUGGGCAUUCGCAAGAACACGGAUCAUCAUUGACUAUUUUAACUACGAGAUGGCCGCGCCUCCUCCAUUCACGUGUAUCAUUCUCCUACUUACGACCAUUCGAAUGAUUACAACGCUGGUCAAAAGAAUUCUACGAACUAGGAAGAUGCGAUUCAAAAAU